AGCAAUCGCAUGAAGAUAACGAAGGAGAAAGGGCAGUCUCGUGAAACUGGGCUGUUUACAAUACCUACUCCCCGUGACACGGACCUCGGUCCGUUUAUAAGAACGUCGCUUCGCGGGCAAAAGAUCGCAGCCACUUAGAGUCGUUGUAACGCAGCAUACACCAAGAUCUACCAACAAGCGAGCAAGAGUUCCACACAGCCAACCAUGAAGGCCGUAGUGAUGUUCGUGGUUGUCCAGGCCUUCUGUGCCGCAGUCGUGUCGUCUUUCAGCUUCUCGUCGCCAGACUGCCCAGCGCAGGCGGUGCCCGGCGUGACGCUCAAGGUUCCCGACCCGAACGACUGCACCAAGUACUCGCUGUGUCUGCAGCUUUUCGGCUUGAAGCUCGACUGCCCAGAGGGCCAGCACUUCAGCGCCGCCGCUAGCCAAUGCCUGCCCGCAGCUCUCGCCGGAUGUGACCCCGCUGCUGCCGCUCCCCAGCCGCAAGCUGCUCCGGAGCCUGCAGCUCCAGAAGCACCAGCGCCUGUCCCAGCACCGGCCGCCAGCACCGGCCGCACCAGCACCGGCCGCACCCGCGCCUGCUGCGUUUGCUGUGUAAUAAGUGGGCUCUGCCGAGGCAGCCGCUGAUGAGAGAACAACAAUCUUCAGCGAGUGCUCUUGAUCACACGCAAUAAUAAGAAACCGCUACGCUGAAUGUAAAUAAACGUAUACAGAU